GCCUACAUGUGGUUCCAGUUUAUAUGGAAGGAACGGCAACGAGAAUUGCGGAGAGAGUGAAUCGAGUGCUGAAUCCCGGAGGAUACGAGUGUGCACCGUUUAAGGUCGAAUGGUACAACGACAUUGUCGAUCAACCGUUCAAACUAAACUAUCCCGGAGACACGUUAGCUGUCAACGUAAUCAGUGCACCUUCAAUGUACGAAGAUGCUCUGAAACCAUUUGUUGAGACUGAAAUCGGUUGUUCGUCUCGUGAUCCGCUCGACGACUGCACUGCGUUUUGGUUCGAAAAAGUCGUUCAAGAAUUUGCCUCGGAGUUGCAAAUCGAAGUUCUUUACGACUUUCUUGUGGCGCCAAGUCGGAGACCGUUGAUAAUUGUUCAAACAUCCGGGCAUGUCUCUGGCCAGAGUUUCUACUAUCAACGGAAAGACUUGAUAGAGGAUCCUUGGCCUAGAGACAAAGCAAUCUAUGGUGUGUCUGUGCAUCCGACAUAUGGUGGAUGGUUUGCAUUUCGUGGUGUGUUGAUUUUUGUGGAUAUGAGAGUGCCCAAUCUCGAGAGAGUCGAGCCACCUGAUGUCGUACCCACCAAUGAAAAACGCGUUGAGCUUCUGGAAAAAUUCAAUUUCCACUGGAAGGAAUGGACGUUUCGCGACAUUAUUCCAGUAGACGUUUGUUAUUCUGACGAAAUGAAGAAAUACUUAGAAUUGCCUCCCGGACCACGACGACGACAAUACCUGGGACUGGACACGGAUGAAUUACUUUAUUAA